AUAUGUAUCUGUAAAAUAAAAUAUACAAAAUAAUCUCAAAUCUAAUGAUAAUGCCAACGAAGAUUUUUAAAAAAGAAAAAAACGCUAUUUUUUGAAACGGGUAAACCAAACGGACAUUGAGUCACUUUUCCAUUUGAGUUCAAGUAAUGAAUGUAGAAUGAAAACAAUGGCAGAAUGUUGAUGAAACAAUCUGUGUAUGUUGAUCAGAACUAAUCUGUGUAUGUGUAUGCUAAACUUCCUUCCCAACUGAAGAUAUAUGUGUUGAGUUUAUAUUGAAUUACUGGGUUGUGUCAAAAAUUGUUAGCACUAAUACUUUAUCUAGCACGGCCAUGAGGUUCCGUGAUACCAACCAAAACCAAAAUUCAUGCUCAAAUGGCUCAAUCUGACUAGAUCUACCUUACUUAUUGCUAAUGGAAAAUAGUCAACAUUCCUUGUCAUUCAAAUUUGUAGUUAUUACGUGGACAUCCAACUGAGUCAGUCAUCGGUUCCUCUUUUCUAGCAAUUCACGCAAAUCCACCUCCCCCGAGUGGGAAAAACUAGCAGCUUUCUUUCUCUUUAUAAACCCCAAAAGCAAAACCCAGAACCAAAAACACAUAACUGUAAGCUUUCUUCCUCUUUACCUCAGUUUGAAGUUGAUUCUCUUCAAGGCUCAAUGAUGAUGCUAUCUGAAACUCCAAAGAAUAACAAACUCAUGACAAGAAGAUUAAUGUCAAGUAUCUUCUUCUCUUCCUCAAAAACCCUUUCUUCUUCAUAUUCAUUUCCAAGCUCUCACACUAGUCCUUCAACCCCUCGCCACAAAUUCUCCGAGACCAUGAUGGAAGAAAACAUCGAAAAUGCUGAAUCAAUCAUCUCCAAAUGGGAUCCAAGCUCUUCCUCAAACACCAAAGCCACCUCUCUUUUCCAACAUAACAGAAAAGAAGCCAAGGACUUUCUCAUGUCUGUCAGGGGCUUGCGGCGAGCAAUGCAUUUCUUGAUCAGUGAAAAUUCUAUGUCCGAAAAGCUCAUACUUGCUCAGAGCCUAAUGCAAAUAGCCAUGAAAAGGCUUGAGAAAGAGUUUUAUCAGAUAUUGUCCGAAAACCGUGACCAUCUUGAUCCAGAAUCAUUGUCUGGCCGAUCCUCCAGUGGGUCGAGCAAUUCUGAUUGUCAAGAUGAGGUUCAAUCAGACGAGUUGGAAAUGGCUGGUGAAGCAAUCACUGAGGUGGAGAGAGUCUCGGCACUUGCCAUGACGGAUUUGAAGUCAAUAGCUGACUGCAUGAUUAGCUCGGGUUAUGGCAAAGAGUGUGUGAAGAUGUACAAGAUUAUCCGAAAAUCUAUAGUAGAUGAGGGAUUGUAUCGUCUUGGAAUUGAAAAGUUCAGAUCUUCUCAAAUUCAUAAAAUGAAUAGAGAAGACUUUGAGCACAUGAUUAAGAAAUGGAUCACUGCAACCAGGAUUGCUGUGAGAAGGCUGUAUAGUGGAGAAAGAGUUAUCUGCGAUCAUGUGUUUUCAGCAUCUGAGACGAUCAGAGAGUCAUGUUUUUCAGAAAUAACCAAAGAAGGAGCAACCAAUCUAUUUAGAUUCCCUGAACUCAUUGCAAAGACUAAGCAUUCGCUGGACAAAAUUUUCCUGCUAAUGGACCUUUAUGAAGCAAUCUUUGAGCUAUGGCCAGAGAUUGAAUUGAUCUUCAACUUUCAAUCAACCUCAGCUAUUAGGUUACAAGCUCUUUCAUCGCUAAAACUUGGCGAUUCCAUCCGCACUAUCCUAUCUGAAUUUGAAUCAACAAUUCAAAAGGAUUCCUCAAGAACUCUGGUGCUUGGGGGAGGCAUUCACCCGCUGACCCAAUCAGCAAUGAGCUACAUAUCUUCACUUGCAGAUUACAAUACUGUUCUCUCCAGCAUCAUUAUCAAUAACCCAUCGCCCGCAACUUCUUUGCCGCUACCAGAAUCCUACUUUGAAAGUCCGACUGCCAACGAUGGUACAGCAGCGGCAGUAUCUGUCUACCUAGCUUGGCUAACAUUAGUUCUUUUGUGCAAGCUUGAUAGCAAAGCAGAGCUCUACAAAGAUGCGUCUUUAUCAUACCUCUUCCUUGCCAAUAAUCUCCACUUCAUUGUUGAGACAGUACGCACAACCAACCUCAAGCACCUCCUAGGCAACGACUGGGUGUUGAAGCACACCAAGAAAGCUAAACAAUAUGCUUCAAGUUAUGAACUAAUGGCUUGGACUAAGGUCUUCUCAUCUCUACCGGCACAGACUUCCCCGGCGAUAACUCCCGAAACAGCAAAGGAGUGCUUCACGAGGUUCAAUGUGGCUUUCGAAGAAGCACACAGGAAACAGACAUCAUGGGUUGUACAAGAUGGGAAAUUGAGAGAUGAAUUGAAGGUGUCAAUAGCAAAGAAACUGAUUCCAGUGUAUCGAGAAUUUUAUGACACACAUUUGGUGAUGCUAACUGGUGAGAAGAAUUUGGAGUACUUGCUAAGGUUUUCACCUGAUGAUUUGGGGAAUUACUUGUCAGAUUUGUUCCAUGGGACUUCCACCUCGGGCAGUUCUACUUCUACAUCAUCUUCUUCAUUGUUGCAGUUAGGGGGGUGUCUACCUCGCUAAAAAUAUACUCUACGUAGAUUACCAUGCAAACUAAGUAUCAUUUCCAUGCCCAAUGUACAUGUAAUUCUGUUUCUAAUGAAGAGGCCAUUAGAUAUAGGGAGUGGGCCAUAUAUGAUAUAUCAAUGAUAAUCAUUCUGCAAUAUUACUCCUUACCUGGGCAUUCUGAAUUUUCAUUUCUAAGUAAAAUAUUCCAAUCAACUUAAUGGAGAUUAGCAAAAUAAAUUUGAC